CGGCCUGCGGGGGCGGCGCCGAGGCAAAACUCCGUGCCUGUGGGGCUCCUCCUUGGGUGCAUGCCCACCACACUACCUCACCCUCAUUGGACCGCAGCUGAAGGUGAGUCUGAUGUCAGAAACCAUAUACUCCUCCUGGGAGAUGUUCACCCACAGGGACUUAAACAACAGAGUUUUUUAAGUUGGCCACACAGAAAUUGCCUUCUCCGUGUUCCCAUAGCCAGAACAUGACCUGACACCCUGAUGACCAGUCUCAGGGCCCUUGGGUGACUGCUGGUGCACCAUGGAACUGAAAGUAUGGGUAGAUGGAAUUCAGAGGAUUGUUUGUGGGGUCACCGAAGUCACAACUUGCCAGGAGGUUGUAAUAGCCCUAGCUCAAGCAAUAGGUCGAACUGGAAGGUAUACUCUUAUAGAAAAAUGGAGGGAUACUGAGAGACACUUAGCACCUCAUGAAAAUCCCAUCAUAUCCUUAAACAAAUGGGGGCAGUAUGCUAGCGAUGUGCAGCUCAUUUUACGACGAACAGGGCCAUCUCUUAGUGAGAGACCCACUUCAGACAGUGUGGCUCGAAUUCCUGAAAGAACUUUAUACCGGCAGAGUUUGCCUCCUUUAGCAAAACUGAGGCCCCAGAUUGACAAAUCAAUCAAAAGGAGAGAACCUAAAAGAAAAUCAUUGACAUUUACAGGAGGUGCCAAAGGGUUAAUGGACAUUUUUGGAAAAGGUAAAGAAACUGAAUUUAAGCAGAAGGUGCUGAAUAACUGCAAAACAACAGCAGAUGAGUUAAAGAAACUGAUCCGUUUGCAGACAGAGAAACUUCAAUCCAUUGAGAAAGAGCUGGAAUCAAAUGACAUAGAAAUACGAUUUUGGGAACAAAAAUACAGUUCUAACCUUGAGGAGGAAAUUGUCCGCCUAGAGCAAAAGAUCAAAAGAAAUGAUGUAGAAAUUGAGGAGGAAGAAUUUUGGGAAAAUGAAUUACAGAUUGAACAGGAAAAUGAAAAACAGCUGAAGGAUCAACUUCAAGAAAUAAGACAGAAAAUAACAGAAUGUGAGAGCAAAUUAAAGGACUAUUUGGCUCAGAUCCAAACCAUGGAAAGUGGUCUUGAAGCAGAAAAGUUGCAACGGGAAGUGCAGGAGGCCCAGGUCAAUGAAGAAGAGGUCAAGGGGAAGAUUGGCAAAGUCAAGGGGGAGAUUGACAUUCAAGGCCAGCAGAGCCUGCGGCUGGAAAAUGGCAUCAAAGCUGUGGAAAGGUCUCUGGGACAAGCCACCAAACGCUUGCAGGACAAAGAGCAAGAACUGGAGCAGUUGACUAAAGAGCUGCGGCAAGUCAACCUCCAGCAGUUUAUCCAGCAGACAGGGACAAAAGUGACCGUUUUGCCAGCGGAGCCCAUUGAAGUAGAGGCCGCACACACAGACAUAGAAAGGGAGCCUCCAUUCCAGUCUGGGUCCCUGAAGCGGCCCGGCUCUUCUCGGCAGCUCCCCAGUAACCUCCGUGUUCUACAGAACCCCUUCUCAUCUGGUUUUAACCCUGAAGGCAUAUAUGUAUAACGUAUCUGUCUUCAGGGGAGAGACCCAGAAUGGUUCCAGGGACAGUAACAUUCCCUCUUUGACACGUGCCAAUGAUGAACAGAGGAUUAUUUCACAGACCACAGUAUCUUUUUCUGUCCUAAAUUGCACACCACCCGGAGCCCUACCCCGCGCACUGAGGCUAAAGAACAAAGAAACUGUGUCUGCACACAUCGACAGUGUUGACGCUUUUGUCCAGCAGCUGUAUGCAAAGCCUUCGCUUUUGUCCACAGCAUGUUGAGAGCACUCAGGAGAGCAUUCUAUCUUGUGUGUACACAUAAAUAAACCCGUGACUUCAGAGUGAAGAGAGAGGUGCGACUGUCUUAGUUUAAUUUAUUCCAUGUAACCCAUUAAUGGGUGAAUGAUUGUGUGUUCUAUUUUUUAUUAAUACUCAUUCUGUGACGCAAAGCACAUCACCUCUCCUGUGGUGAUGCCUGUUCCAGACUCCAUCCACAAUUCUCCACCCGAAGAACUUACUUGCUUUUAUUUUGUGAAUCUGUCUCACCAUUGCUGACUUAGAAGACGUAAUUCAGGCUUCCUUUUUAAUCUAGAGUUUAAUUUUUCAUUUACAGUAUUUCUAGUAUACGAGUGGCCAUUUUCAUGAGGUAAAUUAUACACUCAAAAUACUUGCAGUGCUUCAGACACUGUUGAACAAACCGUAAUUCUUGAAUAUCUGUCGACACAGGCAUGGAGGUUUCCUGAUUCGUUUUCUAUCUUAUUUCUGCCCUGCCUUAUCAUUUUACUCUCAUGAAUCUCCAGGAUUAUCUGAGGAUAUAUAAAUUAGAGAUAGCUGAGGACCUAGUCCACCUGCUUCAGGAAGGUGGCCCAGAGACUCAGCUUAAAACAACGCACUUCCUAGGUGUGGCCCAUCAGUAUGCAUACCCAUGGGUACACUCUUGCCCGUUCAUCAUCUACUCUGUACGGUAUGUACUGUUACCAUGUCCACAUUCACCGAGUGAAAGCAGAAUAGAGUUAGGUACUUUAUCAAAAAAAUAAAGUUGAGUUCAGUGUAUUUUUUUAUUUUCAAAUUUGCCUUUGACAGUACAUUAACCUCCAUUUGUGUGUGUGUGUGUGUGUGUGUGUGUGUGUGUAUACACUUACAUAGGUAUUCUUAUUUAUCAAACCAAAAAUUAGUCAAUCUCCCUCCCAUGAGUAGUGGCUUUAAGACUCACUAGAGAGAUGUGGUCAGUUACCUCUUCACCAUUUUUAUAUUCCCUCUGAUCAAACUUUGGUACAAUAUGAUUAAGACUUUGAAAUUGAAAGUAGCUUAAUUCUGAGGAGAGUACACUCUCUGUAUUAUUUACACACAAUAAAGUUAAAGUGGAUUAGUAUAUUAAUGCCAUGGUAACAAUAAGAAGACAUGUUACAUCUUAUGCAUGAGGACAUCUUUGGAUGUUUUAACACAUUUGACUUAUUUUUGGUUUAAUGAAUGCUGAGAAUGCUGCUAUAUUUAGAAUUCCAAUGAAAAAACUUAAGAAUGGUUAUGAAAAUACAUAGGAGCUUCUAGAGAACUGAAAGUAAUAGUGCAGAGUUGCCUUUUCUAGUGCAGCUAAAUGGCUGACUUCAGCUCAAGGUAUUGUUUUCUUUGGGUUCUUGGAGUUGUCAAGUUGACCUUGCCAUAUACCGUUUUGUGAAUAACUUGAGAAAUUACCUAGAUAACCACAACACAUAUGCUUUUGCUCUCAAUUUAUAAUAGUUAUUUCAUAUGUACAUACUAUAUUUAAAAUGAGGAAAAUUUAAAAGUCAAAAUAAUUUGUAGAUUUUGUGACAAUGACUUAUGUAUGCCUGGUAUAUGCCUUAUUUUUAAAGGAUUCCACCCUCUACUGAGUCAUUUUCUUACUGUAGUUCAGAGAAGUUGAGAUCUUAUUCACAAAGAAAAACAUUUUUAUAAAUUUAACAUAAUCCUAUUAAAAUCAAAAUGUUAAACUGAAGGUAUAUUAAACUUUGCAGUUGUAAAUUGCAGCAAAGUCUUGGUAUGUCAGAAAAAACACAAAGUCAGUAGCCAACAUAACAGUGUCAAGUACUAUCAGCACUAACGUAAUGACGUCAGAAAGAGCCUGGCAUCAGCGCCCUCCCACCGCAGGAGCCGAUUCCGAGCAGCAGCCCAGUUAACCUCGCUGACAAUUUUGUCCAGGUCCUCAAGCUGCCACACCAUCCUCGUGGACCUCAUUACAGGUAGGGAGGUGGGGGGAAUCCAAGUGUGAAUCUAGUGAAAACGUCACGCAGCUGGCCUUUUUAAUCAGCUCCAUUACUUCUGAAAGCACAUCUCUAAGAAAUAUUUUCUAAGUCUUUUUUUAAAACAAGGAAAACUCAUUUCCCUAGAACGUCUUAAAGAUAGUCUUGUCCUGGUCAUUUUUAUCUUUUAUAAAUACCAAUAAAUUAAGUGCCGCAUCUUUGGAUACAUUUCAGAGCGGGCAGUAGGAAGUGGUAUACAGAAAUACCAGCUAUAAAAUUUGCAUCAAUGGGAACAAGUGAGGUUCUAAAUAUCAAAUUAGAUCACAAGCUUUUAAAAAAAAAUUAUUAUAUCAGAAGUUCUACUGCAGUUUUCUACAGGUAUUAAACACAUUGGAAGAUCGUUUGAAAGGGCAGAGGUGUGAGGUGUAUUUGACCCUUUGUCAUCCUCAGCGAAUGGCCCCUUGGGGGCUGCUCAGUCCUUCUGUUGUUCUUCUGAAAUAAUUGUGUUUGUUAGCAUUUGAGUAGUGUCUUGAUGCAUUGGGAGACUUUGGUUGAUACAAUAGAGUUAUCCACUUAAGGCGGCAGGCAGCUCUGACCUAAUCCCCAAUUCCUGUAGUUCUAAUUAGUCAUAAACUUGAGCUGAAACAAAACUGAAACAGUGAAAAUGGAGAAUUUGUGUUGUGAAAUGGGAAUUUUAACCUUGUUUACAAAGAAGAAGUAAGUCCUUGCUUCCAGAGUAUAAAUGAAAUUUGUUCUGCAUUAAAAAGAAACUUUUCUUUGUGAAUAAGAGCAAAAUGGUCUUUAGAGAAGAGAGACUUCAUUUAAAGUCAUUUCUGUGAACAUCUUUCCAAGUUAGAACUGUGAGAAUGGAUUGAGGAAAUAAUACAGAAAAGGCAGAAACUCUUGAUUGCAGGUGUGCAAAGGGAUCAGCUGAGGGGCAGUUCCCUGCAUCGCCUUUGAACAAUUGGGCCUUAAUUUACAUGUAAAUAACGAUACUGUGUUCACAUCCCUCUUCUACCCAAAGCUGUAGUUGAUAAGUCUGUACUGUAUUGAAGUUUAGCUCAUACGUAUUACUUUAAUAUUAUGUCCAUUUUUUUAAGUUGCAUGUUUAUACUGUUUGCUACAGUAUUUUUUUUUUAAGUUUGGGUGAAGGCCAUCAGCUGUGUUGAGAAGACAAAACAAUCACUAUUUAUUCUGUAUUGCUGCUUUACAUUCUCAGAAUAAGCUUUCAAUGCCAGGACAGUGACUGCUUGAAAGCUGCAGGAGCUCUAUUCCAAUGCAUUUUAUAUAUUUUUAGAAACCAAAUAAAUGCAGAUAACUAUUUAGUAUACUAAUUAUAUUAAACCAGCAGAAAUAUAAAGGCAAUAAAAUAUAUACAUAUAUAUAUGGGGAGGGAAAAGAUUAAAUAUAGGUUUACAGCCAGACAUGGUUAUAGCCCUAAAUGUAUUUCUCAAUGUUUUUCUUUAUUGACCCUAGGAGGAUUUGAGUUGCUGCAGCUUUAAACAGAAAAUUGCCACCAUCACUAAUUGUGAAUAUAAGUCUGCUUUUAGUACUGCUUUGCUUAUGUACAAAUAAAAUGUCUGUAAUCUGUAUUAUAUGUAAUUAUUCUUUUGACUUUCAUUUCAAAUGUAUACUUUCUGAUUAUUAUCAUGAGCUAUAAAACAAAUGAU